AACAUUCAAGUCGGCUUUUACUUCCCCGAAUCUUCUUCUGGUCCUGAGGAGAACGGUGAGCCGACGGCGGCCGGAGAGAUGGCCAGCGUCCUUUCUCCACGGUUAGAUGAUUCGCGCAUCGACCUUACCUCCACCGGAGGAGCCAGCAAUGGGGCCAGCUCCAAUGACAGUCGAGCCCCCCAACCAAAUUCGGCUGUCUCUCAACAGGCGUCGUCGCGCCGACUACAGAUCCUUUCACCUCCAAACCAGACGAGUUCCGUUGGCGGUGGUGGCAAUAGCAGUAGUAGUGGCAAUGGAAAAAGGGCAGGUGAAGCGGUUAGUGGCCUCGUCAGAGGCCUGGUUCCUCAGAGCCGGUCUUCGCGAUCACCUGGAGCUCCAAGCAGCGAAGGCAGUCCAGCAAAAAGCGCUUCUGGUCGACCACCAUUUGCCUCAUCAACCUCCUCCUCCCUCACUCCUUCGCCACAGCUCUUUCUACAAACCUCGGUAGCUUGUUUUCAACGGUAG